AUGCCGGGCCUGAACCGAGACUUGAUCACGCACAAGCUGGCUGUCGACCCCACGGUCAAACCAGUCCAGCAGCGCAAAAGGUAUCUCUCCGCCGAGAGGAGGGUGUUCGUCAAAAAGGAGGUCGACACCCUGCUAGAGAUCGACCAUGUCAGGGAGGUCAUAUACCCCACGUGGCUAGCCAACGUAGUCCUCGCCCCAAAGCCACCCACCUGGAGGAUGUGCAUGGACUACACCGACCUCAACAAGGCCUGCCCUAUGGACCCCUUCCCCCUCCCCAACAUUUACCAGCUGGUGGACGAGAUGGCGGGUUGUGCCCUUAUGAGCUUCCUAGAUGCGUUCAGGGGGUACCACCAAAUUUUCAUGGAAGAGGCCGACGAGGAGAAAACAGCCUUCACCACGCCAGAGGGGGUCUAUUGCUACAAGGUCAUGGCUUUCGGACUGAAAAAUUCAGGUGCUACCUACACCCGAAUGGUGGCCAAAGUGUUCAAGCAGGUCCUCGGCCGCAACCUCCAGGCCUACGUCGAUGACAUGAUCGUCAAGAGCACCGACGCCGACCUCCACACAGACGACCUUACCGAGGUAUUUUCGAUUAUGCAACGCUUCAAUUUACGGUUGAACCCCAAGAAGUGUACCUUCGGGGUACACGGGGGGAAAUUUUUGGGGUACAUGGUCUCGAAGAGGGGCAUUGAACCCAACCCCGACAAGGUCAAGUCCAUCCUGGACAUGGAACCUCCGAGAUCCCUCCGGGAGGUCCAGCGCCUCAACGGGCGGUUGGCAGCCCUGGGUUGUUUCCUUUCGAGGUCGGCCGAGAAAUCGUUGCCGUUCUUUGGAGUCCUCAAAAAGACGAAGGGCUUCGAGUGGUCCGAAGAGUGCCAGAGGGCGUUCGAGGACCUCAAGACCUCCGUGCUGGUCCGGGACGACGAGGGGGUCCAGCGGCCCGUAUACUACACGAGCCGAGCUCUACGGGGGGCGGAGAUCAGGUACACACCCGUGGAGAAGGCCAUCUUUGCGGUAGAUGCGACGACAAAGAAGCUGAACCACUACUUCCAGGCCCACCCCGUACAGGUCCUCACAAACCAGUCACUAGACGCGGUGCUGAGGGCCUCGGGGUCGGCCAGCAGGUUGGUCAGGUGGGCCAUGCGGCUGAGCCAGUUCGACAUCCAAUUCAAACCCAGACCCGCCAUCAAGGGACAGGCACUGGCUGACUUCAUAGUCGAGUGUAUCGCCCGGGAGGCCACGGAGCGGGUCUGGGAUGAAGACGAGGAGUGCUGGACCCUCUCAACGGACGGGUCCUCCAGCGCCAAAAGCUGCGGGGGUGGAGUCGUACUCAUAACCCCGGAGGGGUUCCGGGCCUACUACGCCCUCCGCUUCGCGUUCAAGUUAUCCAACAACGAAACCGAGUAUGAGGCGCUCCAAGGGGGGCUCCGCCUCGCGCUAAAUAUGAGGGUGGAAAAGCUCAAAAUCCGGUGUGACUCCAGGCUCGUCGUGGGACAGGUCACAGGUGAAUUCGAGGCAAGUGAUGAAAGAAUGAGAAGGUACCGGGACGUGGUGCUCCAACUACUGGGGCAGCUGAUCAAUUACGAGGUCCUACAGGUGCCUCGGGACCAGAACACAGACGCUGACAUGUUAUCCAAGCUCGCCCAAGGGGCCCCGGAACAUAUCUCAAAAAUAGCGCGGAUCGAAGAUUUCAAGAGGUCGAGCCUGGACGCUUACCCGGUCCUACCUGUGCAAGCCCGACCUCCCUGCUGGUUAGACCAUCUCAAGGAGUACAAGAAAACAGGUGCGCUACCUCCCGACGAGGUCGACGCCAAGCUGGUGAAACGACGAGCCCCUACGUACGUGAUCAUAGGGGACACACUUUACAAGAGGUCCUACAAUGGCGCCUUGCUGCGCUGCCUGUACCUAGACGAGGCCAGGGCGGUCAUGGAGGAAAUCCACGAGGGAACCUGCUCCGCCCACCAAGGGGCCUUCGCCAUGUCCCGGAGGGCUAUCUUACAAGGGUACUUUUGGCCCAAAAUGGCCAAGGAGUGCGCCGACUACACCCAGAGUUGCGAGACCUGCCAGCACUUCCAGGUCACCCCCGGCCGAUCCGCCACGAGCUACACCCCCAUCAGCUCGGUCAUCCCCUUCUCUAGGUGGGGAGUGGACCUAGUGGGAGCUCUACCUAUGGGGUCGGGAAAAAGGAAGUACCUCAUAGUUGCAGUGGACUACUUUACCAAGUGGGUGGAGGCGGAACCACUGGCAACCAUAACAAGCGCCCGUUGCAAGCACUUUGUGUACAAAAACAUUUUGUGCCGUUUUAGGGUCCCGAUGCAACUCAUCACCGACAACGGACGCCAAUUCGAGGGGCAAGAGUUCAAGGGGUUCUGUGCAAAAUGA